AUGGGGAUGCCAAGCGCCGGGACGGCCCUGCUCCGCGGGCCCUCUGGGCACACGAGCGGCCGAGACUGCUCCUGCGCGGCGAAGAAGAAAGGCUUCGGGAAGGCCGCUCCUCCGCCGCCGAAACCAGCAGCCAAGAAGACGAAGGGCCCCACGGCGCGGCCCACGAGGCGCCAACCGGCCCCAGGCCAAGGCCCGCAGCAGAUGCGCGUCGCCGCGCCGCCGGACUCCCCCCCUGACGACGGCGUCGACCUCCUGGAGGACGCUGAGUUCCAGGCGAGGCUGGCGCGUACCCGCGAGCAGGGGGCGCAGCGGCAGCGGCAGAUGCGCGCUGCGGCGGGCCCGCUCGGGCCGGCGAACGGCGGCGCGAUCAACUACGACGCCCCGCCGCCGAUCACGGCCACGCUGGCGUCGAACAUCACCAACCCGGAGGACGCGCCGCCGGGCGCGCGCAACGCCGCCGGCGUCGCGGUCGCGGCGAUCCUCGCGGGGAUCCUGUUCCUGACGUCCGGGGUCCUCGACGGCCUCGGCGGCGGCGGCGGCGCGCCGACGGCCGUGGACCAGCCAGGACUGACAAAGGAGCAACGCAAGGUGCUAACGGAACAAGCGAAAGAAUUCGAGGCGAAACUGGCCGAGGACGCGAGCGACGCGGACGCGCUGGAGGCGCUGGCGGUGACGUACGCGGAGCUGGGGCGGUUCGCGGACGCGGAGACGAAGCUGGUGCGGCUGACGGCGGCCAAGCCUGGCGACGCGGAUGUGUUGCGGCUGCUGGGCGAGACGCGCGCGCAGCAGGGGGCGUACAAGACCGCGGCCGAGGCGUUCCUGAAGUCGAUCGAGGUCUCCGGGGCUGGAGCGACGGUGGAGCAGCUGGCGGAGUACACGGGCGCGCUGGCCGCCGCGGGGGAGAACAAGAGGGCCGUGUCCUACCUGUCCAAGUACGACGUGCCCAGCGAGACCCCCCCCGGGGGGGUCUCGGUGUCGGACGUGCGGCUCCUGCUCGCGCGCGCGUACUCGCAGUGGCGCGGGCACGCGAACGAGGCGCUCUCGAUCUACGACGCGAUGCUCGCUGAGCGCCCCCACGACUGGCGCGUAUACGCUGCCAAGGGCCAGCUGCUGAAGAACGAGGGCCGCGAGGCGGACGCGCAGCGCAUGUUCAUCCAGGCGCGGUACUACGCGCCCAAGGGCGAGGCGGUCGAGGCCAAGUAG